AUGAGAGAUUUCAAGUCACGGUAAGAGGGAAUUUAUUUUUCUUUUUAUGAAUCAAAGAAAUUCCAGAUCGCUUGAGAAUUCGGAAUUGAUGUUGGUUUCGCACUCCGAUUGCAAUGAUGAAAACAAAAUGAAGAAUUUGAGGAUUUGGUUUGAGGAUACAACUGCAACUAAUGUCAAGUCAGUUUAAUGGGUUUUGGGUUUGGUUUUGGGUGAAAGAACACAGUAAUUUGUGUUAAAUUGUAUCAGGUAAGUUUUUUUGGGAUAUAGUUGUAUAAUGACGUAUAAAAUACGAGAUAUGCACUCUCAGUUGCUCACAAGCCAGAACUUGUGCAAAAAGAGGAAAAUCCCUUAAAAUGUUAUUUUUUCAUUUUUUCUAUUAUUUUUUUUUUAGUUUUUUUUUUUAAAUUUAAUUUUUUUUCAUAUUAUUAUAUCGCAUAAUCUAUUAUAUUUUUUCUUUCUAUUCCUACUCAGGGUUUUGAAAAUGUUAAUCGGCGAGGAACUCAGCGGACAACUUGAGAUUAAUCUCGUUUCAAUCGCGUUUUAAUCGCUUGGUGUGCGGUAGAGCGAAUUUGCUCGAUUUCACAAGAAACAUCCACAGGUGGUGGGCUGGCAAUCCGUCUCAGACCUGUAGCGCACCAGUCAGUGAAAUUGACCAUUCACAGGUCUGUUACUGGUGUCAGACGGGUGCAGACCUGUCACGGGUCGCCUAAAACUGGCGCGUCACGGGUCGCAUACUGCUCGACCAUCCCCCACACAAAACAUAGCGAGACGCACAAACAGCCAACUGUCUGCGAGUCAGAUUGUUUAAGAGAAGCGAGUGUUGCUUGCUUUUUCGAAUCAGAGGUUCUAUGAAAAGCUGUUCUAGUCCGUAUUGGACAUGACUACAAAGUCUAUAUUUUUGGUUUCUGGGGACAUUGGUCCUCUACAUAUAGAUUUUUUCAUUUUCAAGUUCCCCUUGUUGACCCCUGAUCAGGAACUCUGACGGGUGUCAUACUGGUGCGAGACCGGUCGGUUCCGGUUUUCGGAACACUGGUGCGGCACAGGUCUGAGACGGGUUGCCAGCCCACCACCUGUGUCCUUCUAGGAAAAAAAAACUUCGCGCUGGGGUAAAAUCACGACCAUUUACUCCAAUAGAAAAUUGCCCCUCGGGUCAGACGAGAGACGACGGGGGUCUGAUGACGUCAUCUAAGACAGAGAACGACAUCGCUUUGAGAUAUUUUUGAGAAAAUAUGUGUUCCUUGAAACAAGAUACGGUAUUUUGUUUCAAGGAACACAUGUUUUAUUGAAAAUAUCUCGAAGCGAAAUUCAUUUUCGAGAUAUUUUUGCAAAAUACUCUCGUCGUCUCUCGUCUGACUCAACGGGCGCCUUGUAUGGUCGUGAAAUCGAACCCAGGUCUCACAGGCGGCAGCCUGACACUUUACCACUUAACCAGAGGCGCUUUUCUAGAGUUGCAUCAAAUGCUGGUGAUAAAGUAACUAGAAUCUAGAAUAGGUUUUGGCCGUGGCCGCGAUGAAAAAGUUGUCCGCCGAUUAAUCGUUCGGCGGAGUUUCGUUGUUUCUUCAAACGAUUAAUUGGCGAUGAAUAUUUUCAUCCCAUUUUAAUCGCUGACAAGUAUUUUGUCCGCCGAUUAACAUUUUCAAACCCCUGAGUAGUUAUUGCUCACUAGUCAUUCCUUAUUUAAUUGGUCCGAUUGACCUCAUAUUCCUCAUUCCGAUUUGUUUUCUACUAGCUCUUCAACUUCUAUCGGACAAAGAUUAUUCUAUUGGUUUUCAUAAUUUCUUGAUAAUCAAAUUAAAAAUACUAGUAUUUGUAAAAGUCGCAUGACAUUUAGAUUUUUGAGAGAUGUGCAAUCACUAGCUACAAUGAAACUUCAAGAUUUCCCAAGUUUUUAUUUUUCCGUUCACUCAAGACAGAGAAAUCAGAAAAACUAUAUGAUGAUGAAUAUUUAAACUUAGAACCCUUUUUCUUUUGAUCCGAAGUUUUUUGUGCAAUUUUGAUCUCCAUACUAAAUACAUCAUUUUCGAAUAUUAAAAAAGUUUAUUUUCCCGCAUACAUUCCCAUUUAUUAUUGUUAUUUACAAGUAACCUCUGUGUUUUCCUGACAAACUUUCGUCCUUAUGCAUAUAUUAACUUUAACAGUAAAUCUGUUUAGUCAGGCUCUUUUUGUUUGUUUUAUAGAUUACUAAAAAUCUACAAAAAAGGUUACUGUAUCUGGUCACAUUUAAUAUUCAAUUUUGAACAAAAAAUAAUGUAUUACCCUAAAACAUCUGAAAAUCCCCAAGCGUCAAUCUACAGUAAUGUAAUCUAGAGUACCAAAUAAGUUAUUGUUUUAUUUGUGAAUAUGUUCGGCAGGCUAAGUAAGCAAACUACUGUAGCAACAAAAAUGGGCGGAGCAAAUGUGUUGGAACAGUUAAUCGAAUCGUCUUUUACUUCGCGGCUCAUUUGUGCUCAUCGACCAUGAAUUGUACUACCUCAAAUCAACCGUGGUGUUUUGAAGAAAAUCAAGAAGUCACGUGGCAUAUUUUUCAAAAUCAUCAACAUCAUCAUCAAAAUUUGGAACUUCAACAAAAUCAAGGAUCUUGCGAUGUUGGAGGCGUUCUUGGAGCUGAGAGUUCAAAUGAAGAUUUUGGUGGGUUAUUUUUUUUUGAAAAAUAGUUGUUGUUUUUUUUCAGUUAGUCAAACAACUUCGAAAACUGCUGAAGUCAAUCAACUUGGCGGUGUUUUUGUAAACGGUCGCCCUCUUCCAAUUUCUCUUCGCUAUAAAAUAGUCGAACUUGCAAAUCAAGGUAUCCGACCAUGUGAUAUUUCUCGACAACUCAAAAUCAGUCAUGGUUGUGUUUCCAAAAUUCUGACUCGCUAUUCGGAAAAUGGAACUAUUCUACCUGGAACAAUCGGAGGAAGUCGACCAAGAGUAACAACUCCGAAAGUUGUUGAAUAUAUCAAAUCUUUGAAACGAUUGGAUCCUGGCAUUUUUGCAUGGGAAAUUCGAGAUAGAUUGAUAACUGAUCAGAUUUGUGAUCGAGCAAAUUUGCCAUCUGUCAGUAGUAUCAGCCGGAUUCUACGCAACAAAAAUAAACAACCAGGUGAGCAUUUAGCACCUGAACUUUUUUGACAGUUGAAUUUCUAAAGUAAUUCUUUCAGUGUCUUCUCCACAAACUUCAUCAACUGAUUGGUAUCCAAUUCCAUACGAGACUCCAGUUCCACAAGAUCUGAACUUUCAAAAUAACAACAAUACAAAUAAUUAUAAUAGCAACUUUAUGUGA